GAUGGCUUGAGCUUGGGAGAUGGAGACUACAGUGAGCUGGGAUCACACCAUUGCCUGGGAAAGAGAGCAACACCUUGUCUCAAAAACAAAAACAAAAAACUUCAAAAUGCAAACCUGAAAUGGGCACAUUUACUGUAUUAAAUUCUACUUCAGUAAGACUGACUUUUUAAAAAUUGUGAUGCACAAUCUACAUAAGGCAUUUGAAGCAGUACCAUCAUCAGAGUUCUUGAAGACCAAGGGCCAGUUUUCACCUUUCAUUUACGGAAGAACUCUUCAGCACACUCUACUUGUCAGCAUCCACACGCUAGGAUUUUUAGUUUCAUGUUCCUUGGUCCAAAGACAUCCCGGUGCCCCACACACCUUAAAACCUGCAUGGCCUUUCUAUUCCGCGUCUGUUUUCAGUGGACAGUGCUCCGCUCUUCAUCACUCAAUCACUUCAGAUUAUUCUUGCCUGGCUCAACCUUUGUUACUGCUGAGCUUCUCACACCACGUAUUCAAACUCCACACACAGACAAUUACUGCCAAAAACAAUGAAGCAAAACUACAGUGUUUCACUAACCAGAGUGCUACAUGGGCAGAAAUUUGUACGUGCCAUCUGUUCCACAGGAUUUUUCACUUAAUAACAUAUGCUGGAACCAGACCAACAAAAGCCCAGCUACUGAAGGCCACCUGCCAGGAAGGAAAGCAUAUCGCUACAGCAGAGCUUCGUGUCAAAGGACAUCCAUGAAAACAGACGCCUGACUACAGAAACGAUUUUCCUCUGAUUUGCUGGCCACUGUCAACAGUCUAUUAAAAUAUCCUAGAAAAUAUAUAAGUACUUAGAUUAGCUGGUAAAUAUACUCCUCUCCUUCCAGCUUUAAGAUUAAGUACGAGCGCCAGGAUUGCCACCGAGGCCUGCGAGACCCUCCGUGGGGCCGGGGCUGGGACCAGGGCCAGGGAGCCGGGCAAGGAGCGGGGUGGGGGACAGCAGGGUCCGGGUCGCGGGCGCGUCUCCAUCUCUGUGUGGGCUGUAGCCGCCUGUGACUGCUGAGCGCGCACCGCUGGCCUUCGCUCCCCCAGGUAAAGGCCCGCAACGAUGACCAUCAUGGUGAGGACAUCGUGAAGCUGCUGUCCUCUUUCUGGGGAGUGGAAGAUGAAGGCAGUGGUCAGGCACUCCGGGCAGGGUGCCCUGGUCACAGGGGCCGUGGCCUUCAUCGGGGGUUUGGUGGGUGGCCCACAAGGACUUGCCGUUGGGGAGGCUGUCAGGGGGCUGUUAGGUGCCUGGGUGACAAGUAGAGAGUUUAAGCCAAUUCCUCAGAUCAUAAUGGAGCUGCCCCCUGCUGAGCAGCAGAGGCUCUGUAAUGAAGCCACAGCCAUUAACAGGCACCUGGAGUGGACACACACCAUGCAGCUGACCAUGCUGGUCAUGGGCAGGGAGGCCCUGCAGCAGCAGCUGCUGGCCAUGCUGGUGAGCUACGUCAUUAAGGAGCUGUGGGCCGAGAUCCAAUAUGACCACUAGGCCACACCCCCAGGGAAGUGGGGGACUGGAUAUGACUCUGUGACUCCGAACAGGUGGCUUGGGAGUCAGGAGAAGCCCAGUGGAUGCCCCUGGGGAACCUCCACAUCAUCAGUGUACUACUAGCAACGUCCUGCUGGAGAGGCAACCUCCGUGCACUGUCACAUUCCAGAUAUUACAUACGAAGAGGCAUAUGCCAGUGGCAUGUGCACUGACGUGCCAUCACAGCACUGUGACUGGCCUCCUCGGUGAAGAUCAAAGGCCUGCCUGGCACAGGUUUCAGUGGCAUCUACUGAAUCCUCUCACCCGCAUGGGUCUGGGGAAAUGCUCAUGCUCAGCCAACGGUCUGACUAUGCCUCAUUCUCCCCUGGAGGUCUUCUCAUCUUGGGAGAUGACUCCUCUUCCAAACACCUGCUGCAGGACUGGAGGCCACCCCUCUGCGGGCCUUGGGGUCUCAGAGCCUUGGAGCAGCCCAUGCUGGAAUCACAUUUACCUCCUAGUGCAGCCCUCUCCUACCCAGGGACCGCCAAACGACCCCAUGGAGGGGACGGGCGGCCUGCUGAGUGAAGCCUCAAGCACCAAGUGGACUUGACCCCGGCCCCCACUAGCUGCACACCUAGACUCGCCCUCCCAGGGGCUCGCUCUUCCCAUCUGAAAAGUCAUGGCAGUUCUUGAGGUUUACUUCUCAAAUGAAAUAUUCUUAGUAAAAUGUACAGGCAUACCUCAGAGAUAAGGUACAGUAGCAUUAUGUCUAAAAAAAUGUACAAACCUUAAUUUAAAAAUAUUUAUUAUUCAAAAUGCUGACACAGAGACACAAAGGGACCACAUGUUGUUGGAAAAAUGGUGCCAAUAGACCUGCCUGAUGCAGGGCUCCUACAAACCUUCCAUUUCUGAAAAGACACAGCAACUGCAAAGCAUAGUAGAGAGAGGUAUGCCUGAAUCGCUCUUGCUGAAGUGGUGUGAUAUAAAACAUCUCUAAGGAAUGUUUCCACCCUAAAAAUUUCCCCAGUACAAUCAGCUCUCUGUAACUCUGGGUUCCACAUUUGGAUCCAACCAGGCUUGGAUAGAAAACAUUUGGGGAAAAAAAAAAAAUGCACCUGUACUGAACACAUACAGACCUUUUUUUUCCCUGGCCUUAUUCCCUAAACAAUAUGGUAUAGCAUAUUUACACAGCGUUUAUAGUGUAUUUGGUAUUAUAAGUAAUCCAGAGAUGAUUUAAAUUAUGCAGGAAGGUGUGUGUAGGUUAAAUGCAAACACUCUGCCAUUGCCUAUCAGGGACCUGAGCAUCCUCAGAUUUUGAUGUCUGAGGGUGCAGUCCUGGAACCCAUCCCCCAUGGAUACUGAGGCAUAGCUGUACUGUGUGUUUUCACUUUGCUUUCAGAACUACAACCUGAGUGUGAUUGAUUACAAUAAAUGUUUUUCUAAAAAGUCAAAAAAAAAA